CAAUCUCCAGCUAUUUCAGCCCCGGCGCAGCCGCAGCAAAGAACCCGGCAACGGCUGUUCCGUGGAGGGACGGGGGGCCCGCGCCGACGCGGAACGAUAUCGGGGGUUUCGCCGAUUACGGGGCGCCGUUUUGCGAGCGGACUCGGGUUAAAGCUCCGAUAAAGGAGGAAGAAGCAUGAGGGCAGGCAGGCCGCGCCGGGCCCGCGACUGCUGCCGCCGUACGGCGCCUUGCAGGGCGGUGCUGCGGUCGCUCGCAUCCCUUCGGAUAUACUUGCGACUAACGGCGAUAGCGUCACGGCGUUUUAUUAAUGGGGUCACGUCAGAAAUAAUUCGAUGUGCGUUUUAACACCCAUAACAUGCUCUUCCCGUUUUUUACAUACACUGGGCGCUAAGAUGUAUUGCAGUGAGCCUGUUAACUACACAACCCGCUGUCUCUUUGCCUCAUUAAUUGCAGCUAAGGGCGCUCUGUAAUUCCUUAGUUUUAUUAAUACUUUUAGGUUGAAUAUUGGCCGUAAUAGAAGUGGCGUUUGCAACGCCGGCUCUCUGGGAGCCACUUAAGGAUGCGACCAGCAACUGGUCCCCUGCUGCCGCCCGCAGCCUUACCGGGGAUGACAGCGCUUCCGCCGGCCUCUUCGCUUCCGAUCGUGAAGGAAAAAAGCUUAAUUUGGGGUUGCGAUCUGCGGGAGGCUGCGGGCUGGCAUCUGGAAACUCGAAGAACCGGAUGUAAGCGGUUGGUUUCGGAGUGAGGCGCCCCUCCGUUCGGUGGCCGCUGGUCGAGGAAGCGCGCCUGGGCUGGGAAGGUCAGAUAAGCGGAGAUUUGGUGCGGCAGGCCGGGUGUCGGCGGCCUAUAAAGUUUUAAGGAGCCUCGGUGCUGAUCUGUACUUCGGUUCCAGUGUUAGCGACACGAAAUUAUUAUAAUUAAUGCUUUCAUUUGAUGAAUCUAACGACCUGCCAGGAGCUUUAACCCAUCAAAACAUUGGUUAGCCAGACAAAAAGCUCAGUUAAUUAUCUAUCCCACUGUGAACUGUAAUUAAUUGGAAUUAUAAAAAUCGUGAGUUUCCACCUAUGCAGGCAUGAUAUGCACUUACUGGCCACUUUAUUACUUGCUAGUACUGGGUUGGACCCACUUUUGACUUCAGAACUGCCUUAGUUCUUCAUGGCAUAGAUUCAGCAAUGUGCUUGAAACAUUCCUUAGAAACUGGUCCAUGUUGACAUGACCAAACAUCAGCAUCCCCUGACAGCAUCACAAAGUUACUGCAUAUUUGUCAGCUGCACCUUCAUGAUGCGAAUCUCCCGUCCACCACAUGCCUUAGGUGCUCUUUUUGACUAAUAUCUGGUGAUUGUGGAGGCCAUUUGACUACAGGGAACUCAUUGUCAUGUUCAAGAAACCAGUCUGAGAUGAUGUGAGCUUUAUGACAGGGUGUGUUAUCCUGCUGGAAGUAGCUAUUAGAAGCUGGGUACGUUGUGGUCUUAAAGGGAUGGACGCAGUCAGCGACAAUACUCAGGUAGACUGACAUUUCAACGAUGCUCAGUUGGUACUAAGGGGCCCAAAGUGUGCCAAGAAAAUAUCUCCCACACCAUUACAUCACUGUCACUAGCCAGGAUUGUUGAGACAAUGCAUGAUGCAUCCAUGUUUUCAUGACGCUUACGGCAAAUUCUGACCUUACCAUCUGAAUGUCGCAGCAGAAAUCAAGACUUCUCUGACCAGGCAACGUUCUUCCAAUCUCCCAUUGUCCAGUUUGGUGAGCCUAUGCCGAAUGUAUCCUCAACUUCCUUUUCUUAGCUGACAGGAGUGGCACCCAGUGUGAUCUUCUGCUACUGGAGCCCAUCUGCUUCAAGGUUGGACAUGUUGUGUGUUCAGAGAUGCUCUUCUGCAUACCUUGGUUGUAGCAUUUUGCUCAGAGAGCAGCUCAUUGAACAUAAGAAAUUUAGAAACGAGAGGAGGCCAUUCAGCCCAUCAAGCUUGUUUGGGGAAAACUUAAUAGCUCAGAGUUGUUAAAUCUUAUCUAGCUCCGAUUUAAAGGAACCCAGGGUUUUAGCUUGUGCUACCCUGGCAGGAAGACUAUUCCACUGCAUGUUUUUCUUCCAGCCCAUUCUCUGUAAACCCUAGUGAUGGAUGUGCAUGAAAAUCCCAGUAGAUCACCAGUUUCUGCAAUAUUUAUACCAGCCUAUCUGGCUGAUGGCAGAGUGGUGGCUCUGAGGCUAGGGAGCUGUGAUAGCAAAUGGAAGGUUGUUGGUUCGAAUCCCCUGAAUGCUCAGAGUGAUUCUACUCUGUUGGGUCCAUGAGCAAGGCCAUUAACCUGCACUUGCUUCAUCCUGGGUAUGAUGUUAAUCUACAUCCAGCCCUAUGAGGAGGUCCUCCAACUUACAGGGAAAAACUUGGGGGUUGGUGGCAGGAUUGGCACUCUAACCAUUGGAAAUUUACUACACGGCUGCACUCAAGUUCUCAUCCCUGUGGUGGUUCGUCAUGUAGUGGGUGCGGCAACACACUGUGAUCAGUGCACGGCUCCUUACGCACUGUGAUCAGUGCACGGCUCCUUACGCACUGUGAUCAGUGCACGGCUCCUUACGCACUGUGAUCAGUGCACGGCUCCUUACGCACUGUGAUCAGUGCACGGCUCCUUACGCACUGUGAUCAGUGCACGCUCCUUACGCACUGUGAUCAGUGCACGCUCCUUACGCACUGUGAUCAGUGCACGGCUCCUUACGCACUGUGAUCAGUGCACGGCUCUUUACACACUGUAUCAGUGCAUGCUCCUUUUCUGUCUGACACCAACACUCAUCCCACAUACAAAGUUACUUAAAUCAUCUUUCUUCCCCAUUUUUGUGGAUAUUGUGAAGAUUAACUUAAGCUCCUGAUGUGUAUCUGCAUGAUUUUAUUCUUUGUGCUGCCUAACAUAUGAUUGGCUGAUUAGAUAUUUGUUUCUACAAGCAGUUGUACAUCCAACCAUCCAAUUUCCAAACCGCUUAUCCUACUGGGUCGCGGGUGAUCCGGAGCCUAUCCCGGAAGCAAUGGGCACGAGGCAGAGCAGUUGUACAGGCGUACCUAAUACCGUGGCCAGGGAGUAUACGUAAAGAGCUGCUUCACUGUAAUAUGGCAUAGGAUCAAUGGAUUUUGUACUUUAAACAUCUUUGUAAGCACUUAAAUAUAUUUGUGCUGUUGGUGAUAAAUAAAGGAAAAAAAAUUGAGUUUUAUAAUGUCUUUAUGUCUCAUAAUUUGCUGGCAUCACAAACAAUUUUGGUGUAUUCCGAUGCAAAGGUCUGUUAAAUCUUAUCAAACAAAGCACACGUGAGAAGCUGUGGUGAGCUGUCAGUGACGCACACGAAAGCAGACUGAAAUUUAAAGUGGCUGCAGAACUAGAAAUGCAAGGUCAACCAUUUUAGAAAAAAUACCACCAUGACCCUCAGCUGGAGAAGUGGUUUGCAGAUGCCUGGAGGAUAGCUGAUGGUUUCAUUUAAUAAGUUAUUUGUCAGGUUCACUAUACACACAGGAAGGAACGUGAGUGUAUCCUGCAGUGUCUCCACCUUAAGAUGUAACUUCUGCACAAUCACAGCAAAAGCAAAGGAAAACAGUGCAGUACCUUCAUGAAACAAAGCAGUACAUUUUAGAAACUGAUUAGCCCUUUGGUUGUAAUGGACCAGUCUGCUCCAAAGACAUCCAGUCUCUCAUCUGUUGUUCAUGUCUUGUAGUUUGGCUGGGACCAAACCGAUAACCAUGGCUCAGCCAUUUGAUGUAAUCUGUAAUGGAGACUUAUGGGCCAGAAGUGUAACGUUUAGCUGCUAUACACAAAACAUGCUAAUGUGCACCACUGAGAAUUCCCCGGAGGUAUUUAGAGUGUUGUACCUCUCCCUGUAGCUAUAAUGUGUGUUUCCAGCUCCCUGCCCUUCCAGCUGAUCCAGGUGAGCGCCGGAUAGGCCAUGGAGGAGCAUCAGACAGACAUGAGCACCAUCGAGGCGCAUGCUGUGGCCGGCCAGGUGCAGCAGGUCCACGUGGCCACCUACACAGAGCACAGCAUGCUGAGCGCUGAUGAGGACUCGCCCUCCUCACCCGAAGAUGACACCUACGAUGACUCAGACAUCCUCAACUCCACUGGGGCAGAUGAGGUCACAGCCCACCUGGCUGCUGCUGGCCCAGUGGGAAUGGCGGCAGCGGCUGCUGUGGCGACGGGGAAGAAGCGCAAACGGCCGCACAUCUUCGAAUCCAACCCCUCCAUCCGAAAACGGCAGCAGACGCGAUUGCUCAGGAAGCUGCGGGCCACGCUGGAUGAGUACACCACUCGCGUGGGCCAGCAAGCCAUCGUGCUCUGCAUCUCGCCCUCCAAGCCCAACGCCGUCUUUAAGGUGUUCGGGGCAGCACCACUGGAGAAUGUGGUGAGAAAGUACAAGAGCAUGAUUCUGGAGGACCUUGAGAAUGCACUGGCCGAGCAUGCUCCCCCAGCCCCCGAGCUGAGCUCUGAGCUGCCGCCACUGACCAUCGACGGCAUUCCUGUCUCUGUUGACAAGAUGACCCAGGCCCAGCUGCGGGCCUUCAUCCCCGAGAUGCUGAAGUACUCAACGGGCCGUGGGAAGCCCGGCUGGGGUAAGGAGAGCUGCAAACCUGUGUGGUGGCCAGACGACAUCCCCUGGGCCAACGUGCGCAGCGACGUCAGGACCGAGGAGCAGAAGCAGAGGGUGUCCUGGACCCAGGCACUGCGGACCAUUGUGAAGAACUGCUACAAGCAGCAUGGCCGGGAGGACCUGCUCUAUGCCUUCGAGGACCAGCAGGCACCCCCAUCCCACGUGGCACCUGCCACCGCCGUGACCCACGGCAUCGCGCACCUGGUGCCCUCACAGACCGUGGUGCAGACCAUCAGCAACCCGGAUGGCACUGUGUCACUCAUACAACUCCCCGUACUGUACUCACAGCUGGGGACUGGAGCGACGGUGGCCACCCUGGCAGAUGCCUCCGAGCUGCCGGCCACCGUCACGGUGGCCCAGGUGAACUACUCCACCGUCACAGAGGGAGAGGAACAGAACUGGGCGACGCUGCAGGGCGGUGAGAUGACCAUCCAGAGCACGCAGGCUUCCGAAGCCACGCAGGCCGUGGCGUCCCUUGCAGAGGCUGCGGUGGCGGCGUCGCAGGAGAUGCAACAGGGGGCCACCGUAACCAUGGCACUCAACAGUGAGGCUGCCGCCCAUGCCGUAGCCACGCUAGCAGAGGCCACCCUGCAGGGUGGGGGGCAGAUCGUCCUUGCGGGAGAGACGGCAGCCGCUGUUGGGGCCUUGACCGGGGUGCAAGACGCCAGUGGUCUCGUCCAGAUUCCUGUCAGCAUGUACCAGACCGUAGUCACCAGCCUUGCCCAGGGCAGCCGGCCCAUGCAGGUCGCCAUGGCACCUGUCACCACGCGCAUAGACAACACCGUCACUCUGGACGGGCAGGCCGUGGAGGUCGUCACCCUGGAACAGUAACUUGUGGCACUUCCUUGUCGGCAAUUGUACAGUAUAAAAUUGAUAAUUCACUGUUGGGGCGUAUCGACUCAACAAGGCAUUUUGUUUACUAUUUAUAGUUGUGUUUCGUUCUGUUUUGGAGUCAGAGUUUUGGAAACGUGGCUCUAUAUUUCGAAGAAGUCAUGGAGGCAUUGUAUUUAUUUCUUAUAUGUUUUCACCUUUUUUAAUAAACCAAAAAAUGUGAGGAUGGGACAGAGACUUUAAAUAUGCAUCAGUGAUCACAGACAAGAUAAAUGCAGAUUUCCAGAGGGACCAAAUCAUGGCAGGUUCUCCGUUGCCCGCUUUUCAUCUGUGUUAGAGCUUGGUGCCCUGGGCCUGUUUAUUAAACCAAACAUCCAGCACAGAAAGCUUUAAAGAGCUUUAAAUAGGCGGCAGAAUUAGUAAAUGAGUUAAAAUGAUCAUGGUGACCUUCGCUCCUUCUGCUCCUUCCGGAUUCAUCUCAGCCCACCCCUGUGUGAUUCGGGGUUCCCUCAUUCAGGGGCUGAGGUGUACCCAGGGCCGGGGGGGGGGGGCUCACAGCUGUUUAUUUUACUGUUUUUUCCUCUACAUCAUUAUCAGGAGUGCUUCCAUUUGGACUGACACAGGAAAUUAUGCUUCCGAGAUGCCACCAUAGCCAUUGUCACCAGGGCGACAGCGGAGGAGGAGGGCAUAGGUAUGGCCUGCCAGGUGUGAGGGGGGCCUAACCCUAUCCCCAGCCCCAACCCGCACCCCCUUCAAGCACUCUGGGGGCGUAAACCCAGCCCCAACCCUCACCCCCUUCAAGCACUCUGGGGGCGUAAACCCAGCCCCAACCCGCACCCCCUUCAAGCACUCUGGGGGCGUAAACCCAGCCCCAACCCGCACCCCCUUCAAGCACUCUGGGGGCGUAAACCCAGCCCCAACCCGCACCCCCUUAAAGCACUCUGGGGGCGUAACCCCAGCCCCAACCCGCACCCCCUUCAAGCACUCUGGGGGCGUAAACCCAGCCCCAACCCGCACCCCCUUCAAGCACUCUGGGGGCGUAAACCCAGCCCCAACCCGCACCCCCUUUAAGCACUCUGGGGGCGUAAACCCAGCCCCAACCCGCACCCCCUUCAAGCACUCUGGGGGCGUAAACCCAGCCCCAACCCGCACCCCCUUCAAGCACUCUGGGGGCGUAAACCCAGCCCCAACCCGCACCCCCUUCAAGCACUCUGGGGGCGUAAACCCAGCCCCAACCCGCACCCCCUUAAAGCACUCUGGGGGCGUAACCCCAGCCCCAACCCGCACCCCCUUCAAGCACUCUGGGGGCAUAACCCCAGCCCCAACCCCACCCCCUUAAAGCACUCUGGGGGCGUAAACCCAGCCCCAACCCGCACCCCCUUCAAGCACACUGGGGGCGUAAUCCCCGGCCCAACCAGCACUCCCUUAAAGCACGCUGGGGGUGUAACCCCAGCCCCAACCCGCACCCCCUUCAAGCACUCUGGGGGCGCACUCUGAGUGUUCCCAAGGUGAGCAUUGACCUGUAUGCUUGUACAUGUGUGUCUGAGGUACAUCCAAGGUUGGACUGACACAACUAACCUGGGCUCUACCUUGGGACCCCAAAUGGUUUUUUUAUGGUUGUUACAAAAGCAUGUUAUGCUGUAGGCGGGGCCGCACCCCCUGAAUGCAGCCCUGGCUGUGUUUGUGUGACCCGGUAGCUGCCACCUACACAUAUGCACACUUUAUUCCCUGCUGCUGCUAAAGGACAGUACCAGUCUCUCCUGCCUUCUGGCUGGAGCGUUUUCUAUGCCAAUCAAUAGCUUUUCCUGCCUUCAAAAUUUCAUGAUAUUGAGGUUGAAGUCUGUUUUUAUUUUUAUUUUUUUUGACAAUUGCCAAAUAACUUUGUCCUUUUAGAAACUCUUCAGCAGUGUAUUAUGUCCUAUUAUACUAUGGAAAUGCUAUUAAAAUUCUUUUUCAAAUGGA